CGGUUGAACUACCCCCAGGCUGGGGGCGUGCGCGGGCCUCCGCCUUGGCUAGGCGCGCCCCGCGCUGCCAUGGCGACAGCUCGGGGCGGCCAUGGCGGAGGAGAAGGAGGGAGCCGCCGCGGAGGCUGCAAUAGCAGAUAUUCAGAAAAAGAUUACAGAAGCUUUUGAAGUGUUUGACCAUGAAAGUAAUAAAACUGUGGAUGUCAGAGAAGUUGGUACAAUCAUAAGGUCAUUAGGUUGCUGCCCAAGUGAGGCGGAACUACAUGAUCUGCUUGCAGAGGUAGAAGAAGAAGAACCUACUGGGUAUAUUCAUUUAGAAAAAUUUCUUCCAAUGAUGACUAAAGUAUUAAUGGAAAAAAGAUACCGGCCUGUUCCAGAAGAUGUUCUUUUGCAUGCAUUUGAGGUGUUAGAUCAGAAUAAAAAUGGAUAUCUUACAAAACAGGAGUUAAUCAAAUGCAUGACUGAAGAAGGUGAGCCUUUUACACAGGAAGAAAUGGAGGAAAUGCUGUCAGCUGCUAUAGAUCCAGAAACAAAUAAAAUUCGUUACAAAGACUACAUUUCAAUGAUGGUAGUAGAUGAAAAUUAAGUGCUUUACACAGAGUUAAGGUUAUGUUGGUAUAAAUUUGAAGUUGGGGUGGAUGUACAUUCUUUAGCAUGACUUUUGAGGUCCAAAUAUGACCUAGCUGUUGUAAUUCAAAUAAAACCUUCCUGAAGGUAUUUCCUUGGGUCUUGUAUUUUUUAAACACAAGGAAGGUUUUUAGAGUGCCUGGGAUAAAAGAGGAUAUCAAAAGGAAUAUUGUAUAGGAGACAGAAAAGAGGAAAGACUGAAAACAGACAUUGUUUUGCUUCACUAUAAUGUCAAUAUUUGGAGUCGGAGGCAAUAAAUGAUUUUAUAAUUAUACUUGAGAAAGUAAGGGGGAAAUGAGACUGAAGUUUCAAGAGUCACUACUGAGAUUCAAAUUGCUACUAAUAACAUCUUAGAGGUGUAGAAUUCUUCCACUUCCAGUUAACUAAUUGACCUAGUAUACACUCAACUCCCUGAGUGCCUCAGUCCAGUGCACUUCCCUAGCUUGUUCUCUUACAUUAUCAAAAUAGGGGACCACAAUUGCAGACUUUUUCUUGAUCUUUCUUUUUUAAAGCAAAGUGAAUCAAUUUGGUAUUAUUCAAUUUAAGGUUGCAUUUUAUGAUCAGUUCUUCUAUAAUAGCCUCAUCACUUACAAAACCAAAUAUAAAAUAGCAUCACUUCUUGUUGUUUCAGUGAGCGUUCAGUGAAGAAAUCAGUAGUCCAUUUGUGUUAGAAAUAUCUGGGGCCUACCCAUUAUUGCUAGCAUUUGCUUUCCAGUCUAUCUGGGGAGUUGAAAUUUCCCAUAGUGGCACACUUUGCUGUUGUGUUUACCUUUCUAAUAACAAUACAGAGUUCUCUAGGUAAAUCUGACCUAAGGGUUUCUAGCAGACUUCCAGCCCUAUCACAGGAGUAUCUGUUUUAAUAUCUUCGUGCAAAUCAGUUUUGACUCAGAUUCUGUUUUAUCGGUACCAUCCAUUCUUACCUCUUUACAGCCUGCCACGUAGUUAUCAUAUAAUGCUACCACUACUGUUACUUUUAUUUCUCAUCCCUCCUGACCUGGCUUUCCUCUUCCCAUAUACUAAGACAUCUCUUCUAACCUUCUGUUACCCAUGCAGCCUUCCCUAAGCUUUCCUCCAUCACUUCCUCAAAUUUCUGCCUGGACUCCACAGUAGCCUCCAUCUGCACUCCACUUUGGAUCUUUUCUUCCAUGAGUUCCAUUAAAAAUCCUCUCACAGGUACUCCAGUGAAGUAAUGUAUGUGCCACAGAUUUUGUGUCCAUUACUUUUUAUUUUCUCUCCAGUUCUCUGAAUCUCCUGCACUGCUGCUUCAUUCAUCAUCACCAUCUUCUCUUCCUUGUCCCCACAUUUAAUAAAAGAAACAAACUGAUUCUCUGUUUUCUGAACAAUUCCUCCCUCCUGAUGCUUGGCUUGUUAAGUCUUGAUCAACCCUGUCCCUUUAUUUAGAUUCAGCAGUUAACUGUCAGUUGUGAUCAAAGACAGGGAGCUUUCCUCCUGUUUUCAGCUACAAAGGCCUCUGUCCACCUCAAAACAGCACUCCAAAUUAUAAAUUGCAGCCAAGCAAACCAGUGGGCAACAAAUGCAUUCACUUACUUCAAGAAACAAGAUCUGUGCCUUUCUCAGUAAGGAUGAUGCCUGUGCAAAGUCCCUUGUUCUCUGGUUCCUGGGCAGCCCGCCUUUAAAUUAUAAAUUUUGGUCGGCUUUGAAUGGAAAAAUAAAAGUGAGAAAAUCAGAAAUCCUUGUUUAAAAAUAAGGAAAUUAUGGAAGAAGAGUUGGAAGAGACCAUUAUGGGUAAAUGUCAUGCAUUUACAUUGUUUUACUAUUAACUCUAUUAAUUAUUUAUCAGCAAAUUAUUUGGUUUUGUGU